UUCUCUGAGUUAAGACAGAAGAAUAACCUGAAAGGGAAAGGGAAGAGGACGGAUAACUUGUAGGGAUCCAUCACUUCUCAUAAAAAGGAAAAGCAAGCACUGAGCCCUCCAGGUGGAAGCAGCAUGGAUACGCAGUUUGUCUACGACCUUCUAGGGGAAAAUGCCUGGUUGUACAUCUUUGCUACCUUCGUGGUGUUGUGGACUUUAGUGUGGCUGUACAGAGACAGCCUGGAGAUUGAGAACAUCACUGACAAGUAUGUGUUUGUGACCGGCUGCGACUCAGGGUUCGGAAACCUGCUGUGUAAGAAGCUCGAUCGUAAAGGUUUCCACGUGCUGGCCGGCUGUCUCACAGAAAAGGGAGCUGAUGACCUGAAGAGGGUGGCAGGGCCUUAUUUGAAGACCAUCCUGCUAGAUGUGACCAAUCAAGACAGCGUCCAGAGAGCGAUGGAGUGGACCAAGAAGGAGGUUGGCGAAAAGGGACUUUGGGGUAUUGUGAACAAUGCUGGACGCUCAUUACCCAUGGGCCCUUCAGAGUGGAUGAAAGUGGAGGAUUUCCACAGCACACUGAAAGUCAACAUGAAUGGGGUGAUCUCCAUGACAAUGACCUUCCUGCCCCUCAUCAAAAAGGCUCGUGGCCGUAUUGUAAACGUAGCGUCGGUGCUGGGCCGGGUGGCUGCAAACGGUGGAGGAUACUGCAUCUCCAAGUUUGCAGUAGAGUCUUUCUCUGACUGCCUCAGGAGAGAUAUAAACUACUUUGGAAUCAAUGUGUGCAUCAUUGAGCCCGGGUUUUUUAAGACGGCAGUGACGAGCCUCGACCCCCUCGAGAGGGAGCUGCAUCGCCUGUGGAACCAGCUCAGCCCUGAAGUGCAGGCCAGCUAUGGAGACAAAUACCUUGAUAAGUACAUCAAGGUCCAGCGUUUGAUCAUGAACGCUAUCUGCGACACUGACCUCUCCAAGGUGACCGGCUGCAUGGAGCACGCUCUGACCGCUGCCUACCCACGCACCAGAUACAGUCCCGGCUGGGAUGCCAAGCUCAUCUGGAUCCCCCUCUCUUACAUGCCUUCCUGUGUGGUUGACAUUGGGCUGAGGUUGGUGCUGCCUCGUCCGUCAAAGAGCGUGUAAUGAUGACUUUGAAGAAAUGUCUUAAAACUUAUCAGCCAUUUUGUGUCAUUUUGAUGCAGUGCAGAUGCUGACUUAAAGAAAUUAAUCUUUUGCCUUUUUUAAAGUACCCAUAUUCCUUAUCUACACUGGCCAUGCAAUGAUCUGAUGUUGCUGUUAUUAUAUUUAUAUGUCUAAUCUGCCAUGUUAAAGUUUUGUUUUGUUUUUUUCUGUGUGAUGUCUGCUUGAGGUGAAAUACGUGAAAUAAUGAAAGUGUAUUGUAUAAUUUACUGUUUAAUUGUUGUUUUGUUUGUUAACACUUUGCUGUGCCUUUUGACACUGUUAUUUAUGUUCCUUGAUAUGGAUGCUGUUAACCAUCAGAGGCUAAAUAAACAGGAUUCUGCUGUCAAGAAAAAUAUAUAUUUUGAGUUUUAACAAUGUCUUUAGUGUGUUAUGGUGUGUAUGAUGUUCAAAUAUAAGCCGUUACACCUA